GGCCCGAGCGGAAGAGGCGGGGUCAGCGGGGUCUUCCUUGCGACUGCGCCACGUCCGGCGAGGCUGUGGCCGCGCGGCUGACCGAGGCCGGGGCCGGGGCCGGGGUCGGGGCCGGGCGCGAUGGCGGACUGGGCUCGGGCUCAGAGCCCCGCCGCUGUGGAGGAGAUUCUAGACCGGGAGAAUAAGCGGAUGGCCGACAGCUUGGCUUCCAAGGUCACCAGGCUCAAAUCGCUGGCCCUGGACAUCGAUAGGGACGCAGAAGACCAGAACCGCUACCUGGACAGCAUGGACUCGGAUUUCACAAGCAUGACAGGCCUGCUCACGGGGAGCGUGAAGCGCUUUUCCACAAUGGCACGGUCUGGGCGAGACAACCGGAAGCUUCUCUGUGGUAUGGCCGUGGGCCUGAUCGUGGCCUUUUUCAUUCUCUCCUAUCUCCUGUCAAGGGCAAGGACAUGAGCCACUAGGAGCUGACUUCUGUGGGUGCCUGGGGCAACCUGGGUCUUCCCCUGCCUGGUGUCCUAGGCUCCAGAGGACCUACCUGCAAAAUACUCCUUUGAAAUGAUGAUCGUGGCUUAGGGAUUUUCUUCCUCUCUGACGCGUUCAUGGCUGCCUCUGAUCGAGUGAGCUCAUAUUGGCUGGUCCCAUGUGUGUGAGGGUCUCUUUCC